AUGAUGCGACGAUGCAGUGUCGUGCUAAUAGAUAGUGUUUAUACAUCAAGAAUAGCCUUUCUUCAUCGUCAUAAUUUCAUUCGAAUGGCACAUUGCAAUUGUUUACGAAGCACUUCUCAAUCUGCGAUUCGAUACAAUGAUGUAAAGAAAAGUGACUUAUUGGAUCAGAACAAAUUCUUAUAUUCAACGGAUUCUGAAAAUGGAACUAAGCCGGCAGAAGGUAAAGAUGUCAUAUCAUCAAACGAAUCAAAUUUACCCACUAAAGAGCUGCUCUUCCAGAUUGAUUGGCUCUUCGAAGUUUUGGUUCGUUUUUUGAGUUCAGUCAAUUUUAGUUGCCUAGUUAUCCAUCGAGUGAUUAAUGAUUGUAGCAUAUUUUUAGUCAGUACAUACUAUUCUAAGUGA